AUGGAAAACUUGUUCGGUUUGCUAAGAGUCAACGUCAUAAGAGGUAUCGACCUUGCUAUAAGAGACUGUACAAGCAGCGAUCCUUACGUGAUUGUUAGGAUGGGAAAACAGAAAUUAAAGACUAGUGUGGUGAAAAGGAGUGUCAACCCUGAAUGGAAUGAUCAACUUACCCUAUAUAUUGAUGACCCUAAUCUUCCAAUCAAGUUGCAAGUUUAUGAUAAAGACAAAUUCAGUUUAGAUGACAAAAUGGGAAAUGCUGAAUUCGACAUUAAAGCAUUUGUAGAAGCUGUAAAGAUGCGAUUGCACAAUAUUCCAAGUGGAACCAUAAUUUGUAAAGUAAAACCAAACCGGGAAAAUUGUCUAUCAGAAGAGAGUUGUAUUAAGUGGGAAAAUGGUGAAGUAAUCCAACACAUGUUUCUCAGACUCAGAAAUGUCGAGUGUGGUGAAAUAGAGCUCCAGUUGCAGUGGAUACAUGUCCCUGGAUCUAGAGGUUUAUAG